GUGCUAAACAAUAUGGCUGAAUUCUGUCAUUUGGUGUAAUUAAAAUUGUAUUUAAUCAUUUUCUUGAGUACAUGAUCACUCAUAUUCACUCGUCGGUGUAGAAAUUGACAAUCUAGAUAUCAACAUUAACAAUUAUACAAUUCUUAGCAAACCUUUCCCAAUAAUCUUUGUCUUGAGAGUUGUGUGUUGAGUAAAGAAAGUUCCACCAACAUACGCUAUUCACUGCAGAAGACGAAAUCGCUGGACUACCCGAAUUUUGCAACAUGUCCCGUGGCAGCAGUGCUGGAUUUGAUCGACACAUAACUAUAUUUUCGCCAGAGGGAAGGUUAUACCAAGUUGAAUAUGCAUUCAAAGCAAUCAAUCAAGGAGGUCUGACAUCAGUGGCAAUCAGGGGAGUAGACUCAGCUGUUGUAGUGACGCAAAAGAAAGUUCCAGACAAAUUAUUGGAUGCUUCCACUGUCACUCAUUUAUAUCACAUUACAGAUGGUAUUGGGUGUGUUAUGACAGGGCUUGUUGCUGACAGUAAAUCACAAGUACAUCGUGCUAGAUAUGAAUCUGCCAAUUGGAAAUACAAAUAUGGUUACAACAUACCAGUUGACAUGCUGUGUAAAAGAAUAUCUGAUGUUUCACAAGUAUAUACACAGAAUGCUGAGAUGAGACCAUUAGGCUGCAGUAUGAUUUUAAUCGGUAUGGAUGACGAGUUUGGACCUCAAAUUUAUAAGACUGAUCCUGCAGGCUAUUAUUGCGGAUACAAAGCAACCAGUGUGGGUGUGAAACAGACUGAAGCUAAUAGUUUCCUUGAAAAGAAGAUCAAGAAAAAAUUAGAAUGGACAUUUGAACAAACAGUACAGACUGCCAUAACAUGUCUUUCCACUGUACUAUCUGCUGAUUUCAAACCGUCUGAAAUUGAAAUAGGAGUAGUGACUAAGGACAACCCUAAAUUCAGGAUUUUAACUGAACCAGAAAUUGAUGUACACCUCGUAGCCAUUGCAGAAAGAGAUUAAAUACACUAUAUUACGUUCACUAAAAUUUUGUCAAUAUUUCAUCUGACAUUUAACCCCACCACAUAACAUACGAGAAAUAUUCACUGAGUUUGAUUUUAGCCGAUUUGUUUUUGUAUAGAAUGCUCACUAUUUUUUUACAUUCAGUUUUGCGAAGGAAACUAUACAUUCUAUGAUUGACUUAGCUAUAAGCGAAAUAAGUAAAAAUAAAACCCAGUGAAUAAUAAAUCCUUUCAAAAUAUGAAGUCUGCCUGUCAAUGUCUAUUGUUGGAUUAAUGUUCUUAUCACAGAGAUUUAUGAUUCCUUGUAUGUUGUAUAAAUGUUUUGGUGAUCAAUAAACUUUGUGUUUCCAACCUUU